AUGUCUCAUACGGUGACAGUUACCAGGACCACAACAUCGACAACAUCCGCUAUAAUCCUAAACACUGGCUAUGUGAAAUCGGUGCCUGGGUUAUUAAAAUUAGCCGAAGUUAUUUUAGGAGGCAUUGUCUUGGGUCUGUUGAUUUAUAACAGAGACAACUUAUGUCAUUGCUGGGUGUAUGGCACGCACAACGCACAACUUUUUUUUUUGGGCACAAUUAGUGCAUUUUUUUUAACGAGUCUUUUGUUGUUGAUUUCUUGUCUGCUAUCCAUUUCCACAGGGCCUAUCAUAUCCAAAACUAAUUUUGAGUUUAUUUAUCAUGGAGCUGGAUUUAUAUUUUUGUUGUUGGCAUCCGUGUUCCUAUUACUUGAUGCAAAUGAUAAUAGCGGCCGUAACUCACAAAAUCAUUUUGUAAUUGCCUCAAUUCUGGGAUUGAUAAUGGCAGCUUUUUACCUGCUAAGUUCAAUCUGGGGUUAUAGGUCAUACAGAGGCCCAUGA